AUGGAUUGGAUAAAAAGUUAUUUUAAUUAUUAUUUUAAAAGAGAAGUUGUAGUUAAAAAUAGUAACGGAGAUAGUAGUAAAAUUGAAGAUUAUGUUGUAGAUCAAUUUACGAUAUUAAAUAAUAAUGUUGAAGAUGGUAAUAAUAAUAAUAUUUUAAAUUCAAAUGAUGAUGGUGGUGGUAUAAAAAUAAUCGUUUCAUUUGAUGGUGGUGGUAUGAGGGGUAUUGUUUCAAUAUUAUUAUUAAAAGAAAUUCAAAAUAUAUUGGGAUUUGAUAUUGGAGUAAAUUGUGAUAUUGUUUGUGGUACAAGUACUGGUGGUAUAGUUACUUAUGCAAAAUUAUUUAGUGUUGAUAAUGAUGAACUUUUAAGACUUUAUUGCGAAUUUGGUAAGAAAAUAUUCCCAUCUUCAUCAAUGGGUAUAAUGUAUAACGUUUAUGAAGAGAGUACAUUAUGUAGUACCAAAGAGUUAAUAUCUACUUUAGAAACCAAUUUCCAAGGUAAAAUAAUGUCUGAUAGAAAAGGAUUCGUUGUAACUGUUGCUCAAGAUAAAAUCAGUGCUGAAAAAAGUGUAAAGAUUUUCGCAAAUUAUCAAAACCCUUCAACAAAUUUACAUGACGACGAUAGCACAUCAGUGGUGGAUAUCAUUCGUUCCACAGCUGGAAUUCCAGGUUUAUUCCAUCUCUAUGAAAAUGAUAAAUACAUCUAUUACGAUGGCGGAUUCCAAUACAAUUGUAAUUUACCAAUUGCAUUAAUUGAAGCAUCUUCACUAUAUCCAAAUGCUUCAAAAUUAUUAUUCAUUUCAAUUGGAACUGGUUAUGGUAAAAAUGAUUCACCCAAUUAUUAUUGUUCAAAUGAUUCAACUGAUGAUAGGGUUGAAGAGUAUUUAAAACAAUUUCAAGAUCAAUCAUCAAUUGGUGGAAUUAAAUUAAAAUCAUCUCAACAAGCUUCUCCAACAAAACUUGGUGGAAUCUAUGAUUUAAUUAAAAAUUUAUAUAAUCUUUAUAGAAAUUAUGUCAAUAUGACAGAUACUUAUGUAGUUUUACAACAAUUUUUAAAAGAUCAUCAAUUGGAUGACCAUAUAUUCACCUAUCGUUUUGAUGUACAAUUAGAAUAUGAUAUUAGUCUACGUGAUAGUUCAUUACAAGCUGAACAAGAAAUGCAAAGAUCAGUUUAUGAUUAUGUAAAUUCAAAUACUAGUUUUAAGAGAUCUGUUUCAAAUAUUAAAAAAUUAAUUGAAUUAAAUAAUAAUAAUAAUAAUAAACAAUUGUAA